CAGAGUUCUUCAACCGGAAAGGCGAGUGCCCAUAAUGCCCUUCGAUGCGCUGUGCACUUACCGUAUCAUCCUUCUAUUUCUUCCUCUACGCAGGUGAAUUACAACAUAUCAACAGGCUCUGGUUCUGGCCCCUCGAAUCAGUACUACACGACAAAUAUCUCUUCCCGAAAGAGGAAGCCGACACUAUAUCCGCCUUCCUCACUCCAAUGCUCCAAUUGCACCCCGAGCGCCGCGCCAAAGCCUUUGAGCUCGUCCACCACACCUGGCUCGAUGCUAUAAUGGUGCAGGGCGAGAUCGACGUCAUCCGCCGUGCCGAUGAAGAAGAAGCGAUGAGACGCAAGUCGUCGCAACAGCUUCAACUUGAGGGUGCGCUUGAUGCUGAUGAGGUCACGGUGGAUGCUAUGAAGCCGGUUAGGGAAGCGUAUAGUGGGAAUAAUAAUGGGACCCAGCAGCAGCAGUCGGUACAACCUGGGCCUGGACCGCAUCAGGCUCCUAUACUCUCUGCGCCUCCUGUUCCGCCUGUUUUUGUGCCUGUUCCUGUUUUUGUUACACCACUACCUGCAAAUACCGUAGCACAUCUCUUUUUCUCUCUCUUACCAUCCAUCAUAGUGUGUUGCUAUCUCACAGUACUAGUCUCAGAUUUUCUGUACCCAUAGACCGCGACGAGAUGAACAUUAUGUACUUAGUGCUUACCUGCCCCCUGCC